AUGUUUCUAUGGAUAGUUACACACAACCAACGAGUUAGAACUGUGGCUGAAAGAUAUCAACAUUCAGGAGAAACUGUUUGUCGUCAGUUUGGUAGAGUGCUAGAUGCAUUGUGUUAUUUAGGAAAUGAAGUAAUAAGGCCUCUUGACUUUAACACUGUGCAAGCAGAAAUUCAAAAUAAUUCAAAGUAUUUCCCAUGGUUUAAGGAUUGUGUUGGAGAAAUUGAUGGUACUCAUGUAAGUGCAGUUGCACCAACUCUAAAACAACUUGCAUUUAGAGGAAGAAAAGUAGAUGUAACACAAAAUGUAAUGGCUGCAUGCUCCUUUAAUAUGAUGUUUACUUAUGUCUACGCUGGAUGGGAAGGAACAACCAAUGAUUCCCGAGUGCUUCUUGAUGCAAUGAGAAAAUAUGAUAACUUCCCUAUGCGACCACAAGGAAAAUACUAUGUUGUUGAUUCUGGUUAUCCAAAUAUGCAUGGGUUUCUAGCACCAUAUCGUGGUGAACAUUAUCACUUGCGUCGUUUUAGAGGAAGAGGGAACCAUCCUAGAGGUGCGAUGGAGUUAUUCAAUUAUAGACACUCAUCAUUGCGUAAUGUGACUGAACGUUGUUUUGGACUUCUAAAAGCUAGGUUUCCAAUUUUGAAGUCAAUGCCUCCAUACUUGCUUGGAAAGCAACGUCGAAUACCAAUAGCAUGUUGUGCUAUCCACAACUGGAUUAGAAUGCAUUCUAUUAAUGAUGAAAUGUUUGAACAAUAUUCAGUUGAUGCCAGAACUGUAGAAGAUAUUGAAGGAACUGAAAGCCAAUCUAAUACAACAACUGAAAACCAACAAGAAGGAGAUGAAGCAGGAAUUUCCGAGACACCAGAGUUGGAUUUCAGUCAAGCUUAUAUGGCCCAGAUGGAAAAUGUUAGAGAUGACAUUGCUGGACAAAUGUGGCUUAGUUAUAACAACAAUACUUAA